ACUACGGCUCCCAGCGCGCCCCGCGCGGGCUCCCGGCCGCCCCCUUCGCCGCCUCCCGCCGGUACCGAGCGGCUCGCGGGUGUCGGCGCUGCCCGGUUGCCGCCGCCGCCCUGGCCCCGCCUCCGCCGCCCGCGCCGGGACAUGGACUCCGACUCCUGCGCAUCCCCGUUCGCCCCGGAGGACUUCUCCCCCGCCGCCCGGCGGCGCCGAACCGUGGAGGACUUCAACAAGUUCUGCACCUUCGUCCUGGCCUACGCCGGGUACAUCCCGUACCCGCAGGAGGAAACGCCGCUGCGGAACAGCCCCAGCCCCCCCAACAGCACCGGAGGGACGAUUGACAGCGAUAGCUGGGAUCCCCGGUUCAAUGACAUCCCCUCCUCCGUGUCCCUGCCCGCGAAGAGCAGGAAGAACUUCAGUCAGCUGAAGCGAGCGAAACCCUACGGUUCCCUGUUCCAGCGGGCAAAACCCGGCAACUUCCUGCCCGAGCGAAAGCAAAUCGAUAAGAUCAGGAAGAAGAAGAAGCUGAAGAGGAGGGAAACGGAGGUGUCUGCAGAGGAGGACUACGAGGAGAAGCUGCUGGAGCUGGAGGCAGAGGACUCUUAUGUAGAGACGCCGAUGAGCCCCUCGUCCGAGGGCGAUGCGCCGUCGGCGGCCGAGCACUGCUCGGUGUGGGACUCUGACACCCCCUCCAGCGGGUCCUGCCCCGCCGGCGCGCCCGAGCCGGCCGUGCAGAUCCAGAGCGUGGGCAAGCGCACGGUCAUCCGGCAGGGCAAGCAGGUGGUGUUCCGGGACGAGGAUGGCACCGGUGACGACGAGGACAUCAUGGUGGAUUCGGAUGACGACUCGUGGGACCUGGUCACUUGCUUCUGCAUGAAGCCCUUCGCGGGGCGGCCGAUGAUCGAGUGUAACGAGUGCCACACCUGGAUCCACCUCUCCUGCGCCAAAAUCCGCAAGUCCAACGUCCCCGAGGUCUACAUUUGCCAGAAGUGCCGGGACUCCAAGUUUGACAUUCGCCGUUCCAACCGCUCCCGGACGGGCUCGCGCCGGCGCUUUCUGGACUAAGGGGGUUUGGAUGGUGCCGGGGCCGGGGUGGGGGGGGGGCGGCUCCCCCGAACUGCUGCUGCUCAGGCUGAGGGGCCGCCCGCCGGCCCGCGGUGACCGGGAUGAGGAGAGGCCGAGUGGUCACAACUGCUGCUAGAUACGGAUUAGCUCAAGGACAGACCAAGCGGGGUUUUGCCCGCUUACAACCAUGGAUUGGGUGAUGGGGGAAUGUAUGAUCCCUUUGCCACGUACGUUUUCUCAUCCCAUCGGGAGACUGCAAACCUCCUCUGUGCUCUCCAAAGAGAGGGGGAAGAGGAGGGAGUCUGUGUGAAGAGUCUGAAAAGUAAAUGGCCAUGUGUUUUAA